AUGGAGAAACCCCUCUGCAUCUCGCUGCGGUGGAAGCCCUGGUCAGAGUUCAUCGCCACCACCAGCUUGACGACGAAAGAAGCCACUCUUCUACUCGCGAAGAACAAGAGAGGCACCACUGCCUUGCAUGAAGCUUUGUUGACCUUCUUGGAGAAUAAGAGAGGGAAAGCAUCCCUUCAUGGAUGUUGGAUUAGGAUUUCCGAAUGUUUGAUUCACAACGAUCCUCAUCUCGGGUAUUGUACAAACAAGGAUGAAGAAUCUACCUUGUAUUUGGCUGCAAAAGCCGGUCUUAAAGAUUGCGUGUCUUUGAUUCUUCGUCUCUUGCCAGACCAAGAAUGCUUGAAUGAUCUCUUCAACAAGAAAUCUCCUAUUGAAGCAGCUAUCCAAGGGAAUCACAAAGAUGUUUUAGAAGCAAUGCUUGACACGAACCGGAGCUUCUUCCAUCUAAGAGACAAAAACGGAAGAAAUCCUCUUCAUCACGCGGCCGAUUAUGGCUACCUUGAAGGCGUGAAUCUGCUGCGCAUCCGCUUCCCUGAAAUGGCAACUCAGAGAGACAAAAGUGGCUCAUUCCUAAUCCUUGUAGCCUCAAGUGAAGGCCAUGUUGACGUAGUCGAGGUUCUGCUUCAAGACCUGCCCGAUACAGCAGAAGUGCUCGACACGGAUGGGCGAAACAUCCUGCACCUCGCAGCCAGGCACGGGAGGACUAAUGUGGUCCGUUCUGUUCUCAGGAACCGCCAUCUCCACGAGCUCAUAAACAUGACAGACGAGGCUGGGAACACUCCCCUGCAUCUGGCCACCAGACACUGGCACCCCAUGGUGGUCAGAGACUUCACCUGGGACAAGAGAGUCGACGUUUCCAUAAUCAACGACAACGGGAUGACAGCUCUGGACGUCGCCGAGUACCACAUGCAGCUCAAGGAUUUCCAGUACCUGACUUGGACUGCACUGAUGGCAGCCAGCACCCCACGGGCACUGACAGGCAACACCUUAGGUGAACUAGUUGCCACGGUGACGUACGCAGCAGGGUUCACAGUCCCUGGAGGGUACAACAGCUCGGACAACGACCACAACAACACGCCGGGUCUGGCGACAAUGCUGAGGCACAUGGCGUUCCAGGUGUUCGUCCUGACGGAUGUGCUGGCCAUGUACAGCUCCCUCACAGCAGCGGUGGUGCUCGGGUGGGCGCUGUCGUUCGACUUCGUGUUGGUGGUGAAGGCGCUGCCGCUCUUCGGGGGAGCCCUGAUGAUGAUGUGCAUCGCCUUCACGGCGGGGAUAUACCUGGUUGUGCACGAUAUUUGGUGGGUCAGAACAGGUGUUUUGAUCGUGGGGAUACAUUUUGUGAUCAAAUUGGUGCUGCUUGGCCUUCCUUUGUGCUUCCCUGUUUCUUCGCCUAAUUUGUUCUUGCGCUACAUUUCCUACUAA